AUGGCGGCCCCGCGCCGCGCCUGGCUCGUGUUCGGCUUCGGCGCCGAGGAGGCGGCGGGGGAGCCGUCGCCGGGGCCGGGGCCGCGCCGCCUGGAGUCGGGCCCCGAGGGGAUCCGCCGCGUGUGGCCCGCCUGGAGCUACGCCGUGCUGGAGACCGGCGCGGGGCUGGAGGUGCGCGGCGCGGGGCUGCGGCGGCGGCUGCCGGCGGGGUGCGCGGAGGCGCUGCCGUCCGAGACGCACGUGCUGCUGCGGCGGGGGGCGGCGGCCGAGGCCUGGCCCCGGGCGGCGGCGCUGAGCGGGGAGCUGCGGGGGGCCCCCGCCUGGCGCCGGGCCCUGCCGCCGGGGCCCCGCCGCCCCCCGCUGCCGCUGCUGCCCGGCGGCUUCGCGGCGCCCCGGCCGCCCUUCUUCACCGAGCUGCCCGCGGCGCCGCCGCUCCGGGCCCUGGCCCUGGGCCACGAGCACGUCCUGGCGCUCGGGGCCGCCGGCGAGAUCUACGGCUGGGGCGGCGGCAGGCACGGGCAGCUCGGCCACGGGGGCCUGGAGUCGGAGCAGCAGCCGCGGCUGGUGGAGGCCCUGGCCGGCGUGCCCAUGCGGGCGGUGGCGGCGGGCGGGUGGCACUCGGCCAGCGUCAGCGAGGGGGGGGACCUCUACAUGUGGGGCUGGAACGAGUCUGGCCAGCUGGCGCUGCCCUCCAAAGCGGUGGCGGAAGAGCAGGUGCAGGACGAGGACGCAGGCGCAGGGGCUGCGGAGCCGCCGCCCCCCCGGGAGCAGCCGGGCGCCGCGUUCAUUUCCAUCCAGGCGUUCCCGGCCCUGCUGGACCUGCCCCAGGACGUGGAGGUUGCUGCCGUCAGCUGCGGGUCCCGGCACACGGCCGCAGUUACACGAGACGGGGAGCUCUACACCUGGGGCUGGGGUAAAUACGGGCAGCUGGGCCAUGGGGACAGCACCAGCUCUGACCGGCCCCGGCGCGUGGAGCACCUGGUGGCAGAGGGGCUUCAGGCCCAGGAGGUGGUGUGCGGGCCCUGGAACACCUACGUGUGCGUCCUGGAGCAGUGAGGGGCCCAAGGCCGUCCCACCACCCUCGCUGGGGGCAUGGAGCAAAGGGAGACACAGGAAAGCUCCGCUCCUGCCCCCCCGAGCAGCCCUCAGCAGGGUCUGGGCAGACACCGUGGGUGGGUUCCCCCCACCGGGACCCCAGCUCAGGCAGAGGAGCUGUGCUGCUGCCUCAGGCAGCCAGGGCUGGGGUUGGGCUAGUGAUAAAGACAGGGCCAGAGUACAUGGAUUUAUUAAAUCUCCUCUUUUUGUAA